UUCUAUAGUCGUAGAAAUAAACUCAUACGCCUUAGUUGAUCGUUCCAUCUAAAGCAGAAGGAUGGUCGAUAAGCGCCGCGUGCGGAAGGCCAUCAGCCUGUCGGCCUACCCUCUUAUCCGCGAAUUCUUAGGAGAGCUUGCCGGGACCUUCGUUCUAGUGUUAUGCAUUAUCGGAACGCAGGCUCAAGCCGUUUUGACCAACGGGAGACUAGCAGAGUUCUUGGCUAACCGGAUGGGUGAAGGAUUUGGUGUCAUGGCCGGAGUUUGGAUUGCUGGCGGCGUGUCAGGUGCCCAUUUGAACCCAGCCCUGUCGUUUGCCUUGGCCUGCACUGGAAAAUUGCAAUGGCGCAAAUUACCGGUUUAUUGGAUAGCCCAAUAUCUCGGGGCUUUCGCAGCUGCGGCUUGUGUCUUUGCAGUUUAUCUCGAGGCAAUAUUCUAUCGCACCGGAGGCCAGUUUGUCAUGACCGACGAAGACCCGGGAUUCGCUGCCAUUUUCGCUCCUUACCCGUCUGCCUAUCUUUCAAUGACGGGCGCUAUUGUUGAUUCAAUAGUUGGAUCAGCAUUGUUGCUGAUAUGUGCCUCCGCCAUAGUUGACCAAAGGAAUUGCAAAGUCCCUGUUUCUCUUGUUGCCUUUUACAUGGGAUUCGCCGUUAUGGGAUUGGGCAUAAGCUUUAGCAUGAACUGUGGGGUACCAAUCAAUCCUGCUAGAGAUUUAUCACCAAGGCUUUUCACUUACCUGGUUGGUUGGGGUCAACAAGUAUUCAGUUACAACAACUGGAUGUGGUUUUGGAUCCCUCUUGUGAUCCCUCACUUCGGUGCUGUGCUUGGAGCUUUCAUCUAUAUCGUUUUUGUUGAUGCCCACUGGCCCGCAUAAAUGUAUCGCUUAAACAUAUACGUAUAGGAGUAUGUCAAUGCAUAAAACAAAGCACGCGGUACAGAACAAAAUUUUUUUCAAUUCUUUCAAUAAAUCAAAUUUUAAAACCUA